GUUACCGUAGCAGUAUAGCAGCGUGACUCCGGAGGGGCGGGGCCACAGUUUUGAUAGAACCGGUGCAGCAGUACCGUCAGUGUAACAUUUGUCUGAGCUGAACUCAUAACUUCUCAAAAUGAGCUCUUCUGACAUGAAGAUCAUUACUGUGAUCGGCAGCGGGCUGAUAGGCCGCUCCUGGGCUAUGGUGUUUGUCAGUGGAGGCUACUCUGUGAAAAUCUAUGACAACCAAUCAGGACAGGCUGCAAAGGCCAUCAGAGAGAUCAGGAAGCAGCUGGAGGAGCUGGAGGGAGCCCACAUGCUGAGAGGGGAGCUGACCGCCACGCAGCAGCUCGCCCUGCUCAGCAGUUCCGAUGACCUGGCUCAGGCACUGGAGGGAGCCUUCUUUGUCCAGGAGUGUGUAUUUGAGCAGCUUGAGGUCAAGCAGAGCGUCUUCCAGGACAUAGAGGGUCUUGUUGGAAAAGACGUCAUCCUGAGCAGCUCCACCUCCUGUCUGGUGCCAAGCAGCGUCUUCUCUAAAGUACAGAACAGGAAUCGCUGCCUCGUCUCCCACCCGGUAAACCCACCCUACUAUGUCAAACUGGUGGAGCUGGUACCUCACCCAGAGACAGCAACAACCGUUGUGGACACCACCCAUGCCCUAAUGACCAAGGUUGGCCAGGCACCUGUCUGUCUGAAGAAGGAGAUCGAUGGCUUUGCUCUCAACAGAGUGCAAGCGGCCAUUAUCGCAGAGUCCUGGAGGCUUGUCCAGGAUGGCAUUAUCUCUGUCAAGGACAUCGACCUGGUGAUGUCAGAGGGGCUAGGAAUGCGUUACGCCUUUAUAGGUCCCAUGGAAACGAUGCACCUCAAUGCACCUGAAGGUUUGGAAGAUUAUAUGAAACGGUAUGGAGAGGGCAUAACCAGGGUUCUGAACUCCUUUGGGCCAGUACCAGACUUCUGUGGUGAGGGAGCCAAGAGCAUCAAUAAUGAAAUGUCUGAGCUGAUUCCCAACGACCGGCAGCAUCUGUCAGCCAGGAUUGAGAGGAGGGACCAGCUCCUCAUGCGUCUGGCCAAGCUGAAGAAGGAGCACUAAGAUCAGCAUGCAGGGCCCACAGCCAAGGACACAUCGAGUGUGGCUGCUGAAUAGGAGACUUUAAACAUUUUGUUUCAUUAUUAUCAGUAUGCCCAUGACCCCUGCAAGAGGUUUUUAACCCCUCUUAGUUUCUUCAUUGUUAUGUCAGCACCAAAUAUAAAAAAAUGUGAAAAUUUGUAGACCGAUAAGCUAAUAACAUUUUAAAUAAGAAUUUUGGGAGUGAUGAAAUAUUUGGUUAUUUUCUCAGUGAUAAUGAACAUUUGUGCUCUGAAUGUGCCUUUUAUCAUCAUUUUAUUUCUCCAAAUUACAGUAUAUUUUAACUUUUGUCUGCAAGUUCUCAAGGAUCUUAAUCGGUAACUGAAGGACGGAAUUAAAAGCAAUCAUUUCACAAGGUGCUACACACCACAUAAUGGUCUUCUUUGUAAAUGAAAAAUGUGAAAUUAUGUUUUGAUUAUUAAAAAUAAUGGAAUC